AUGAACGAUGAGGAGUUGCAGCAGAAGAUCGACCGUCUCCUUAAGGUUGUGAGUGACAGAGAGCCUGAGCUGGCGCGCGAGGAUGAGCGCGAGCCAGCGCACCCGGGCCACGAAGCCCGCGCCUCCGAGCCAGCUUCACCCAGGAGGGACGAGGGCGAGCUUGACGACCGCUUGGUUUCUUGGCCGUCGAGCUCAUCAUCGGCAGUUCCCAGUCGCGCAGCAAAGGCUGUUCCGACUUCCUCGGCCUUCCGGCGAGCUUGGGGGCCGUCUCUGACGGCAGCGGUAAAGGCCAACAUGCGCCGGCUUGCCCUCAAAGACUCAAUGCCACCGCAAGAACAGGCAGGGGAAGCGAAGCAUGAAGGAGAAGAAGCAGGCGGGAAGGAGUUUGCAGUUUCUCGCGAGGCCAGGAAGAUGUUGGCAUCCAUUGGGCACAGCCUCGAACAGGGAGACCUGCAGAGUUGGGAGCUCCACCACGCUGCAACUGGACUGUCACGGAGGCUGCUGAAAUCUGCAGGGGACAGGGAUCCAUUGGUGACCCAAGAGUUGCCGGAUGCCUCAAACUUCUGGAUCCGCAUGUCGGCCGGCGUGCCAGACUUGGGCGUCCAGGUGAGCGUGCCCGUCUCCCGCGCGCUCCACGCCCUUCCGGAAGGCCGGGCGGUUGUGGGCCAACUCGUGGCUGCCUUGAUGCUGUUGCGCCUGCACGGGGUGGAGCCAGCCUCCCUCGCGCGCGCGAGGAGGGCGGCGAAGGAACCCCUGUCGGAGAUCAUGAAGCUGAAGGCGGAAGCGAGGAGAAAGCAGAAGCAGGCGAAGAAGGAGGCGCAGAGGGAGAAGAAAGCGCAGGCCAAGGCAGCGAAGAAGGCGAAGAAGGGCGCGGCGAGGACGGUCCUGGAGGGAGCCGGAGAGCCCAAGCCCGUGGGCCGCCAGAACCUCGUCCUGGUCUCGAGAGUGGAUGCUUUGAGAGCGGAGGUCGUCCAGGAGCUGCAGCGUGGGCCCAGGACCAUGAACGAGCUGAGCUGCCUCUUCGGGGGGCGCCUGAAGAAGGCGGCCAGGAAGGCGGGGGAGAGCGUCAAGUUCAAGCCCUGGCUCUUGCAGAUCCAAGGCGCGAAGUGGGAUUACGGGGGCAAAUACGGGAGCAACCCGCUGCUCACCCUGAUGCGUCCAAAGAGAUCUCGCUCCAGGAGCCCCGGCCCGCGAGAGAUCCGCGCCGGGUAG